AUGGUGGAGGGCAGUUGUUUGGAGAUGCUGCUCGCCGACGAAGUGCAGGAGCCAGAUCACAAGAAACUGAAGAUCAACGAACCGAAGACUGAAUAUUCCCCAGUUCCGGAAGAGGGGUAUGUCGAGUUGAACACCCCCAUGGGGAGCGAGGUGACUUUCGUGGUGCACAAGGCGACGCUGCAAAGGAUUCCUUUGCCGCAGGCUGGGCCGUGGCAGCUUGUCUUUUCGAAGGACGGCUCCGGUGCCGCAGUCAACGACGGGGGCGACUGGAUUUUGACGUUGCAGAAUGAAUUUGGUCGCACGCUCGUGACCGAUGGGGACGGCCAGUUCUACGUCGAAGAGAGGGGCAAGGCUCACCCGUGGAAUUUGGACACCAAGAGAUCGCUGUGCGAGGCGAUGACCAUCAGUUUGGCAGUUGGCGAUGUCGAUACGCGUCACAAGCACCAGGUCUAUCGGCUGGAAUGGACCCGGGGUGGCAUGCAUUUCUUCUGGGAUGCCCUGACGCUCCACACAAGCAUGAAGCUGAACACCAACGAGAAGAAACGUACUGUCUGGUUGUACAGGCAGAAAAAUGGCUGGAGGAAAGCGUUCAAGCAGGCGACGGGGACGACCGUGCAUUACACUGCAGGGUCUUCUAAAGCAAACAAGGAGGAAGAUGACCGCGCAGAGGACACAAUACGACUUCCAUCGGGCAGUUUGUCUACGUAUGAUUUGUUGCACGUUUUCCUUACGAGCGCUACCUCCCAGGCGCACCAGGCUGGUGGUCUCAAGAUGGGGUCAGCCAAGCAGGCCGCGGGAUCCCUGUUCAGAUCGCUGGUCAAAGCAAGCGUGUACCAGCGCAAGGUGCUGACCAUCCAGGUCGCUGGCGACUUCACCGUCGAGGUCACGCAGGGCCGCAUGUCGAUCAAGCAGGUCCGGGACCACAAGGCCAUCAAGGAUAACGACAGCAUGUGGGAGGAGCUCUGGACGCGCCUUGACGUUGCUUGCGGCCGCGGCAACGACGAGAUCGACUUCGUAGACUUCGUCGUUGUCCUGAGCGGCAUGCAGCAGCUGGACUGCGUGCUCAACCAGGUGGUCUGGGCAUGCGCCCGGCAGAUCGAGAUGUACGCGCAGGGCGCUCUGAAGAAAGGCACUGACAAGGAGGCCCCCCUGCAGGUCGAAGUUGCGCCGCUCAUCGACAUUGCGUGGUGCCGGGAGAGGUUGGACCAGGAGCUCCAGAAGCACCUGCAUGCGUGCAAGUGCGCGUCUGCUUCCCUUCGCAAUUUCACCGUGGCGACUGAUAAGGCAAACGUUGGUGGGCCCAGCUUGCAGAACUCCGUCGUCGUGCUGCCCGAUGGGCAGGCGCUCGUCUUGCCGCCUCAGGUGUGCUCUCCGUUCUCUGCGCAUAUCGUCAACGACGGGAACCGUCGCCACAAGGAGUGGUCCCAGCGGAAGGCCCCAGGCAAAAAGGGCAUCAAGCACGUUUUCCGACCGAAGAAGAGGCACCGCACCAGCGUGUUGACAGCCCUGAAGAACAUGGAUCGCCAGCUGAGGGUGGGCACGAAAUUCGACGGGCUCCGCUUCGUCGUCCGAGUCUCCGACGAAGAGACGUGGAGCGAUGCCAAUUGGCGCAACUGGCCUGGGCUUUUAGUUUCGUCGGACCAGGGUGGGGACAUGCUAUCGGCUGGGCACUGCAUGCUCCGCUACCUUGACUGCAACGCCAUAUUGACGUGGGACUGGUCUCACGGUGCUCAGCGAGACUUGACUCUGACGUACCAGGCCCACGGCGUAUGGAAGUACGCCUUGAUAUUCCUCGUGUGCAUCAACGUCUACUCCGGCCCCGACCAGGACGAGGGCAUGCGCUUCGAGCAGCUCACCGAUGCCAUGGAUCACUUCUUCGAGCACUACAAGGCGGACUCCUUCUUGUUCCAGUCUCGCGCCGACGCCAUGCUCCGCGAGUUAGGCGACGCCGUCCAGGUCGAGGAGGGCGAGAAGAACAUCUACGAGGCGCUGUGGCGAUACCUGCGCGACGGCGCCCAGAAUUACAAGAAGCAGGACCGCAUGAAGAUGGCCCACGAGCUAUACCAGCGAUGGGAACAAGAGAGGUUCAAGCGAGAGUACGUCGCCCUCGAGUGCGGCAUGCUGGACAAGAAGGCCGCGGCGGCCGUGGACAAGAUGCCGGCAGGCGUCAAGUCGCACGCUGCGGCGCUGACCACCACCAGCUCCGCCGCCACCCAGGCGGACACCAAGCUGCUCCGCGCCAGCACGGCGAAUAACUUGGCGAUGUCGGCGUGCUUCAUGGAGACGGAGAGGAGCAAGAGGAUCAUCGCCAUCAUGGCGUUGUUGCCCGAGCCCUUGGCGACCUGGCAGGGGCAGAGCGCGAAAGUCUGCAGGGACGUGACUGCCAACAGGAAGUGGGUCUUGGAUGAGAUGUCGCAUGGAUUUGCCAAGCAUCAGCUCGCCAUCCUCAAUUGCUUAGUGAAGACAGGCAUGGCUAAGAAUUUGGGUUUCAUGCGCCUCGCCGAGCUCCGCGCGCUGGAGAACGAGGACGAAGGCCCCAUCGAGAUCGAGGAUGAGUUCGCGCAGCUGGCGGGCGACAUCUGCGCAGGUUUGGUUGCUAGGCGCCGUCGCCGUCUCACUUUCAUGACGAACAUGUGGCCGAACCGCGCUGUUAUGGCCAUGGCGGGGGGCCCGGAGUCGGCCCGGAUUGCGCAGCAGCUGGAGUUGGACUACAAGGUUUUCGGGGAGGUCGCUGACGCGCCCGACAAGGGCGACAAGCUGAAGGAGCAGGUCGUGGACCUGGUGGAGGAGAGGUGGAGCGGCAUCCUCUCGAGCGUCAUGAUCGAGGAGAUCAACAACAUCCAGAAAAACAAUGGCCAAUGCCGCGGUUCCAUGAAGUUCCGGAGGCCUGAGAGGGGCUUGGCAGCUACUCUGUCGUCCACUGUGCUCACCGAGCGGAACAAGUACACGCCCGUAGUGCCGAAUGUUCCCGUGCCCAGGUCGACGCCCACGUUGGUUGAGCAGAACGCGUUCGGCAAGACCAGGGAGGAGUCGUGGCUCGACAAGCUCGCCAUUGCCAGCACGAAGCAGGCGCCUCCAUAUUGGAGCCCGACUGCUGAGAACGUGGGGCAACCAGGGACAGAUGCAGCGUGCUGGCGAGAUGCUCGUGAUCACAAGCGCAUUGGGGACUUGGAGAACUGCUUCAUGGGUUGCUUCUGCGAUUACAGGCACGCCAUCAUUUUCAAGAGAGCUGGCGGAACUAGGCACAAGGGUUUCGAUUGGCAUUUCCCCUUGUUUCACUUCCAGGACUCUGGCGUCGCGGCGAUGCCUUGCAGUCUGUUGCCAGUCCCAGGGCACCCCUCGAAGAAUUACGUCGUCUUCCCCGAGGCGGCGGAUGAACCAGAGUUCCUCAGCGUCUUCGACUGGGAGGGCCUCGUGGCCAUGCCCGUUCGUUGGCGCAGCCCUGCGUACCAGGACAAGCAUUUGCCGAAGGCGAAGUGGGAAGCCGGCGUUCGGCUGUUCGCUGAUGGGAAGGCCGAGCCCAUGCAGUUUGUCGCAACCAGGGCUGCUUUCUGGGAUCUCCCCUGCGGCACCCUCAGGAAGAUCGCUGGCAAUAUCGGGUUGGCUCCUCCGGACAACCCCAGCUUGUAUGAGGUUGUACUGUACAUGGUCCAGGAGAUCUUGAAACUCAGCGAGGCCGAUGCUGCCGACGUCGUCGCUCAACGCCUUCGCUACGACAGCAAGGGCGCCGUGGACGAGACCGAAUCCAUCAUCAUGAAUUGCGACGAGGCUGCGCAGUGCUUGGCGCAGCCAGACGAGCGGCUUGUCCGCAACGAGCAGAAGGAGAUCCAGAAGAGGGUGGAUGAGAGAUCAGCCUUCGAGGUCGAUUUCCAGGAGGCUGCGCAGCGGCGCCGGGCUGCGUCGAAGGACGGGGCGACGCCGCCACGUGCGCGCGCAGACCUUGGCCAGACCCACCUCGCAUGA